AUGGAAAGUAAAGAAUUUCUAGUUUUUAGCAAGUGGGACAAUGGUCAAAACUGCCAAAUCUCCAAUAGUCAAGUUAGUGUCUUAUCUUGGGUGGCUCACAAUCACCGCAGAGCGUCCAGGCGCUGCUCGGAAAGCUACCACUCGCGGAGCUGCGGGCUGUGCGGGAGGGUGCGGUGCGCUCCCUCCCUGCGCUUCGAGCGGGGUCGCGCAGGCAAGGACAAGGCCACAGCGCCACCGCGCCGGGGGCUUCACGUAGCCCCCCAGCGGUCCCGGAAAAAGCGCUGUCCCUACACCAAGUACCAGAUCCGCGAACUGGAACGCGAGUUUUUCUUUAACGUGUACAUAAACAAAGAGAAAAGACUCCAGCUCUCUCGGAUGCUCAACCUCACUGACCGGCAAGUCAAAAUCUGGUUCCAGAAUCGCAGGAUGAAGGAAAAGAAACUGAACAGAGACCGUCUGCAGUAUUUCACUGGAAAUCCCUUGUUUUGAGAGCUCCAGCAAGCACCCCUGUCCCCCAAGCCCCACUCACUCACCCUCCUCCCCACCAGCCUGCUUUCGGUAGGCCCAAUGUCCUUGGGUUUAAUGACGCCUCUUCUCUGUGGAACUCCACCAUUCCUUCCCACGGUCAACUCGGGACCUCCCAGCGACCACUGCUGCCUGCGGACGAGGCCGGGGACUUGGCCGAAUGGAUCCUAAUAUGGGGAAAAUGGUAAAUGCAAACGUCCCUUUACAAUUUUACCGCCAGUGUGCUGUUGUUUACCCUCUCUCUCUCUCCAGGUCCCGGUGCGGACGCUGUGGGAUCUGUAGAGAGUUAGGCCUGGGCUGCAAGGCACUUGUUUUUGUUCUGAGUUUAAGGGACCCUGUCCUCCCCCCUGGGUGAAUGCAGAUUAUUUAAACUCUGGGAAAUGUACCUUUGGUUUGUCCGAUUGAGGCACGAGUCACUGUCUUUUGUGUGAAUAAAUGGUUUCUAGUAAAAUGGAGGUUACAGCUUCAA